ACCCAAGGGUAACAACAAUGAAGAUUGAAGACACACAACCCUCGCUCCCUCCCAUCCGGUCCGAACACCAAUCAGUCGGAGAUGACGUAGAGAUGGGCGCGUGUGUAUGCUGAUAGUGGUGAACUGAUAUACAGCCUGCAUAGGGAACUCAGGCCCAGUGCCAGUGGUGAGGGAAGAUGGUUGUUUCCGGACAGGUGCGGCGUGCAACCCUUGGCUGCUGUAAGGUUAGAUAGCAUGGAUCCGGCCACGAUCGAGGAGAAGUAUCCCUUCAUCACCAGGGACUACCUGCAGGGCAUACUGCGGCGGGAGCAGUGCGAAAGUGCAAUCACGGUCGAGAGCUUCAAGGUGGUUGCGCCGCUGGCUAAGGGCGAAAACUACUCCAGUGACAUCUUGCGCGUGACGGUAAACUAUACGACCGGUAGCCACAAUCACAGAACACAGACAUACAUCAUAAAGGUGUCGUUCGCACGGGACGAGGAUGCGGAUCUGCUGGAUGCGUACGAUGUGUUCAAGCGGGAGAUUGCCGUCUACGAUGUGGUUAUGCCGAAAGUCGAACAGUUGCUAAGCUCGAUCGGAUACAGCAAGCGGCUGGCACCGGUUGCCCAUGCGAUCCAUGCAACCACGAUCAAACAUUUCGUCUUUGAGGAUCUGUCACUGCAAGGCUACAAGCCAGUGGGACGAGCGGCCGGGCUAAACUUUGGUCAGCUUCAGCUCGUGCUAGAAAAGAUCGCCAAAUUCCACGCUGCUACAGCAGUUCUAUACAGCAUUGAAGAAGACGCGAUGGCAGCACACCAUUAUCGCAACAUUAGCGAAGAUGUGCCUCACUUUUAUCCGCUGUUCCAGAACAGUGUCGUGGCCUGCGGUGAGCAGGCAUUGAAUUGGCCCACGACCAAGGGCAAAAUAGCGGAAAAGCUGUGUGCGCUGGAAAAAACCAUCAUCGCCAAAGGGUGCCGGGUGUACACGCGCACCGAAACCGACUUCAACGUGCUCAACCAUGGCGAUCUGUGGGUGAACAACGUGAUGCUUAAGACGGAACCGAGCGGCAAGCCGACCGACGCGAUACUGGUUGACUACGCCACCGGGUUCUUUGGCUCACCGGCCAUCGAUCUGAGCUAUCUGCUGUUCACUUCCGCAUCGAACGACGUGACAGUGGAGGACUUUGAUCUGCUGCUGCAGCACUACCACGGCGAGCUGGUGGACACGCUGACCAAGCUAAAGUACGCCAAGCGGGUACCGACCCUGCUGGACAUACAGGUGGAGAUGUUGCGCAAGGGCCACAAUGGGGUGAUGUUUUCCACCUUUCUCAUACCGCUGCGCCUGCUGGAGGAUACGGCCAAUGCGGACCUGGGCGGUCUGUUGGGUCGCACGGAGGAAGCGAUCGCGUUCCGUAAGCGGCUCUUCUCCCAUCCCAAUUACCAGGAUCGCAUGGAGUAUCUGUUAAACUUUUACGAUCGGAAAGGUUAUCUGGACUGAAGAUGAUCGCGAUUGGGCUGAAUAAAUGUGCCAGCGAUCGUAAUGUGCGUGUGUCACUUUAUUGCAA